CACUUGGUAACAAUAUGCUGAAAAAUAAGAUCUUUGUUACAAGUCAUCCUAAUAAAAGUACAUUACAAUUCGUUAUUGAUCUCUUUAGGACAUCAAAUAGAGAAUUCUUACAAACACUUGUUGAUGAUCGAUUAAAAGAAACAAAGGGUGAUGUAGUAGGUGUCUGUAUACCGUAUGCCAUUAAAACCAAAUAUUACAGUGCAAAUGUUGAUUUUUGGUUAGACGAAAUAGAUCCUAGUCCAGAUACUGUCAAAGCUUACUGUGAAAAGGAUUCAGAUGUUAGUAAAGUAGUAGACGCCUUUAUCUAUCUAUUCGAUAAAAAUAAGCCAAAUACAUUUGAUGCAGUGAAAAGAUGGAAACCAUUUAUAGAACAAGCAGAGCCUAAUGUUCGCAUUGUUCUUGGCACAACAUCAAAGAAGCCUUUAACAGAAGAGAUGGAACAUACUAUUUAUGAUUGGUGCGCCUCAAAUAAUUUUAUGUAUGUAGACAUGGACGAGACUUCAGAGAUGCCAAUGGAUAAAGUAGGCAUGGAUUUAAUUUUAGCGACGCUUGAGAAUAAUAUGUGGGAUGGCAUGAUAAAGGAAAAAGAGAAUAAUAAGAAAGAUGAAUUAAAAAUAAUGAAUGAUUUGGAUGAUGAUUUAUUAGAUUUACCUACACAAGAUGAAAUUGAAAGUUUGAGAAAAGAAUUAUUUGGAAAUAUUGAUGAAGAAGAUGGCUUGGAUAAAGUAUUCGAAACGAUUCAAUCCAUGAGAGAACACGGGAAGAGCUUAUCGAUGGAAGAAAGACGUAAAAUGGCAGCAAAGGUUGCUUUUUCAUUCGCAGCCCAAUUUGAUUUAUAAAAAUAUAAUGAAACAUUAUUAACAUUGAAUGUAUUAAAUCUCCAUCUUAAUAAAGUAAAAGUAAAAUAACAGUAAAUUAUUAUAAGAAA